AUGUCCAAUUCGACAAUGGAGAAUACUCAAAUGAAGGUGAAAUUGGCGGUCGACGAGAUGAUUGACGAUUUGGACAAGAAUUAUCUCAGGGAUAUGCAGAAAGCCAUGUUCCAGUGCUCUGCAAGAUGCUGUGACAACAAAAAAGUGACACGCGAGAGCGUUGAGAAUUGUGUAGAGAAAUGUAAUGACGGAAUGAAAAAUGCUCAAGGAUAUCUGGAAAAAGAGUUGGGCGGUCUACAGGAUCAACUCUCUCGAUGCGCAAUGACUUGCUAUGAUAAACUCGUUCAGCAGUUUGGACCAAAUGUCAAUAACUAUUCCGAGCAACAGAAGCUCAGUUUCAACGAAAAACUCGAUUCAUGUGUCUCAGUUUGUGCCGACGAUCACAUCAAACUUAUUCCAGCUAUCAAGAAACGUUUCGCCAAAAAUAUUUAA